AUGUCAAUCAACUCCUUCACCGGCCUGAUGUCAAGCUAUUCACCCCUCGCCGAUCGCAGUCCCUCUUCGGAGGAUGAGAAAGACAUCCAUGCUCGUCUUCAACCUGAUGUCGAGGUUGGGAAUCGCCAGGAUGGCUCUGAACGGAAGUCUUCUCGCUUCAUUGACGGCCGUACAGUCUCAGAUGCGAUCAUCGGUCUGUCAGAUGGCAUGACUGUGCCAUUUGCUCUAACUGCAGGGUUGUCUGCCCUCGGUGAUACCAAAGUGGUUGUAUUUGGUGGACUUGCAGAGCUUAUCGCAGGAGCGAUUUCGAUGGGACUCGGUGGAUAUCUCGGCGCAAAAAGUGAAGAGUACGUUUUCUCCAAUUUCUUCACCUCUACGGGUGUACCCAGGUACAUUGCGAGGGAGUCAUACAAGGCUACAUUGCAGGAAACCAAAACACAAACAAUGGCAGAUCCCGCCUCGAUUUCUGAAACCAUCUCUGAUAUCUUUGAGCCCUAUGAGCUACCCUGUGAACUUGUCGCCCAACUCAAAAAUCACCUCUCGUCUUCUCCCAUGCUCCCGUCAUUCCUCAUGAACUUCCACCACACCCUACCCGAGCCCUCAGGCUCACGAGCUGUCACCUGCGCUUUGACCAUUGCCCUGGGAUAUUUUAUCGGUGGUUUUAUUCCUCUCCUACCAUACUUUUUCGUUGGACCGCACGAUGCCUUCAUCGCCUUGCGUUGGUCCAUUGCCACUAUGGUUGUUGCCCUGUUCAUUUUUGGAUACGGAAAGACGUGCUUUGUCAGUGGCUGGCGCGGUCGUCGAAACGUUCGCAAAGGUCUUAUUGGAGGGAUACAAAUGGUGCUGGUGGGCGGUAUCGCCGCUGGUUCAGCAAUGGGAUUGGUGAAGGGCUUCCAGAUGAUGGCUGACGGUCCUAGUGAUCACAAGCAUGACUAA